AUGGACGACGGCAAACCUCUCUCCACAGAUACCUUUACUGAAUUCGCUAGUCUCAAGCAAAAGAACCUAGCACCUAAAGUCUUCAUUGCCCUAGGAGGCUGGACCUUUAAUGAGAACACGAUAUGGCAGCCAGUGCUUAGCGACUUAUCCUUAAUACCUACUAAACUAGCACUAUUCAUAGAAAAGCUCCUUACCUUCCUUAAUUGUUACGGCUUCGAUGGUGUAGACUUGGAUUGGGAAUAUCCGGGAGCUCCCGACCGUGGUGGGAAUCCUGAUGACGGCGAAAAUCUUACUAAACUUAUGAAGGAAAUGCGUGCAGAGUUUGACAAGUUAGGUGGCUCUUAUAAAGAAAUCUCUUUUACAGCUCCUACUAGUUACUAG